AUCUAUUCUUUCACCAAGAGGAAAGUCAGGUUUCUCGUCAUAUCUGAUCCGAUUCUCUCAAGUGUACCUCUAUAAUUACUCUCGGACCCAUGGAACCCAGUUAUCAACAAAAAAGGCAGUACAUAUAUACCGUGUGAAAUGGCAGGUUGUAUGUCAAAAUAUUUGAUGGAUGAUGAUUGUACAGAUGGAUAAAAUGUCUGCUCCCUCAUCACGGGAGCUGGCUCAACGACUCUACGAUAAGAAUAUGGAGUUGGAGAAUAGACGUCGUAAGUCAGCUCAGGCAAGAGUUCCCUCAGAUCCAAAUGCCUGGCAGCAAAUGCGUGAGAAUUAUGAAGCCAUAAUUCUUGAAGAUCAUGUGUUUUCUGAGCAACACAAUAUAGAAUAUGCUCUCUGGCAGCUACAUUACAGAAGAAUUGAGGAAUUCAGGACGCACUUCAGUUCUGCUUUAGCAUCAAGUACAAGUCUAAAGGGUCCUCCUCGGCCUGAUCGAGUCAGUAAAAUACGUCUGCAGUUUAAGACGUUCCUGUCAGAAGCCACUGGAUUUUACCAUGAUCUAAUUUUGAAAAUUAAAGCAAAAUAUGGGCUACCUCUCGGUUAUUUCUCUGAGGAUUCAGAUAAUAGAUCUGUUAUGGACAAAGAUGGAAAGAGAUCUGUUGAUAUGAAGAAAGGUUUGAUAUCAUGUCAUCGUUGUUUGAUAUAUCUGGGUGACCUUGCACGUUACAAGGGACUGUAUGGAGAGGGAGAUUCCAAAGGCCGUGAUUAUGCUGCUGCCUCGAGUUAUUAUUUGCAAGCUGUAUCCCUCUGGCAUUCAAGUGGCAAUCCACACCAUCAGCUUGCUAUACUGGCAACCUAUUCUGGAGAUGAAUUAGUGGCUGUUUACCGUUAUUUUCGGAGCCUGGCAGUGGAUAACCCAUUUUCAACUGCAAAGGAUAACCUUACUGUUGCAUUUGAGAAGAAUCGCCUGAUUUACUGUAAGCUGCAUGAGGCUACAAAAGCUUCUACUACCAGUGAAUCAUCCUGGCAGUUGACUGCCAAAGGAAGAGGCAAAGCAGAGGCAAAGCUCCAAUCUAAGAGUCCUAGCAUUGGAACCACCAUUGUCUCAGAAAGAGCAACCAGUGUUUAUGAUCCAUAUAAAACUUUUUGCAUCAGCUUUGUUCGUUUGAAUGGGAUCCUGUUCACACGCACUAGCUUGGAAACAUUUGCGGAAGUCCUUGCUCUGGCGAGCAGUACUUUGGUUGAGCUUCUUUCCUCUGGGCCAGCGGAAGAGCUGAAUUUUGGCCCAGAUGCUGCUGAGAAUGGACUUGUCAUUGUUCGUCUUAUCUCUAUUCUUAUAUUCACAGUAAACAGUGCAAGUAGGGAUGGUGAAGGUCAGAAUUAUGCUGAUAUUGUGCAACGGAGAGUUUUCAUUCAGAAUGCACUUGGUGCAGUCUUUGAGUUAGUGGGGCAUAUAUUAAUGAGAUGUGCACAGUUGCACGACCCUUGUUCGAGUUACCUGCUUCCUGGCAUUCUAGUUUUCAUGGAAUGGUUGGCUUCUUGUCCUGAUGUUGCAGCAGGCAGUGACAUAGAUGAUAAACAAGAAACUGUCAGAUCAAAAUUUUGGAACCAUUGGAUAUCUUUAUUAAAUAAGCUUUUGUCAGCUGGCUUGGCCAUUAUGGAUGCUGAAGAUGGGACCCACUUUUUCAAUAUGAGCAGGUAUGAGGAAGGGGAAACUGAAAAAAGGUUUGCUUUAUGGGAGGAUUUUGAAUUGAGAGGAUUCUUGCCCCUUCACCGUGCACAAAGCAGUUUGGAUUUUUCAAGGAAAUUUUCUGUUGGAGGUGAUGGUAACAAGGAGAAAAGUGCUCGUGUUAAAAGGAUUUUAGCAGCAGGAAAGUCUUUAGUAAAUGUAGUUAAGGUUGACCAAAAUACAAUAAUAUUUGAUCAUGUGAGAAAUUUCCUUUUUGGUAGCGAGCCGCCAGCAUCAAAUGAUUUCAUAAUCAUGCCUUUUUCAGGCAGUCCUGAGGUAGAUGGUGUGAAUCAAAUACUUCCAACAGAGAGUGCAAAAAAUGCCACUGUUGUGCAGCCAAAGGCACAAGUGUAUAUGGAAGGGGAAGAGGAGGAUGAGGUGAUUGUUUUCAAGCCAACAUUGCCAGAAAAGCGAAGUGAUUUGACCAUUUCAAAGGGCAUACCUAAUGAAGGCCUGGAGCCUGAAACAUACGAACUCGCUGAUAGUUUUCAGUGGCGUGAUGGAUCUGUUUCUGCUCAUCACAAUAAUCUUCGCCAGUUGUCUGCUUUCAAUACAAAUCCCAAGGCAUCUGUUUCUGUUGCCAACCACAUUAUGCAACAUUUGCAACCAACUCAACCGCACUCUCCAAUGUUAGACCAACAAGCUUCUCUUGCUAAUACCUUGAACAGUUUGAGCAUAUUGGAGAAUGGGCAUCUAACUAAACCUGGAAUGCAGGCAGAUCUAACCAGCAGAAAUACCUUGGCUGGUAAAGAACAGUUUCAUGAGGGUUCUGUUUCAGCUUGUCUGAGUGAUCGUCGCCUGCAUACUGCUUUUAAUGGAAACCCACCACCACCUGUUUCUGUUGGCAACCAAAAUUUGUCACAUAUGCAGCCAAUUCAUUUGCACCAUUCAGGGUGGUUGGACCAACAAGCUUCUCUGGCUAAUGGCUUGAAGGGUUCAAAUAUCUUGGAAAAUGGAUAUGUACGGAAAUCUGGAAUGCAACAUGAACUACCCAUUUCCCACUAUACUUCACUUUCACUUCCAGUCCAACAAUCGGUUGAUGCUAAUCCUAGUGGUAUAGCUUACAGUUUGGCAAAGGCCUCAGAAAUGAUAAUGCAAUCCAAGAUUGACAAUAUUUCAUCUUCUGGAUUUACUUCCAGCAGUUUUCCUGUAAAUACAUCCCCAACAUUGUCGACAAGUUCAAGAAAAAGUCCAGUAAGUCGACCUGCAAGGCAUAUUGGCCCUCCCCCUGGUUUUAACUCUGUCCCUCGUAAACCUGCAAAUGAGCCCAUGUCUGAGUCAGAUUUGAUGGCUGAUAAUCUUCCCAUGGAUGACUAUAGCUGGUUAGAUGGAUAUAAGUUGCCAUUACCGAUGACGGCCUCGGAGUUCAGUGAAUCUAUCAAACACUCUUCCCAGAUUAUUCCCCAUUCUGUCAGUAAGCACAAUGAGAUUGUGGGCCCAAGUAGCUUUCCCUUUCCAGGAAAACAAGUUCCGGCACAACAGUUCCCCUUGGAAAAACAGAAUGGGUGGGAGGGUGCCCAUAGUCUAGAACAUCUGAAUUUACAACAUCAGCAGCUGCAUCUGCAGCAACUCAUCAAAGGAAGUCAGCAGUUUAUCCCACUCCCAGAGCAACAUCAAAGACAGUCCAUAUGGACAGGUCACCCCCCUGUGUGAAUCACUUCGAAAGCAUUUGAUGCUAGUACCUGAAAGUGAUUGUGGUGGAUGUCCUUCAUCCUGCUCCUACCAUUUUGGCACUCCAACUUUGCAGCUCUGUCAAUUUUGUUUAGUUUUGUUGGAGCAUGGUGGUUUUGAGUCCUGCAGGCUCUUGCUGGUUAACAAAUCGUGCUGUGUUUCCCAGGCUGGAGGAAUCAAAACUGUGGAACACAUGUGAUGAAACGCAGUCCGGGUCUAUCCUUUCGGUGGACCGAAACGCAUGUUAAUAAGACCACCCAUUGGUUGUGGGUUUUGUCUCAAGCAGAUGGGUGGGAAUAAAGGUGACGGCAGUACAGUAAACUGUGAUAACAAGACUAGUUGUUGAAUUAGUUUUGUCGUGUCAGUAUCAUCCUAAUUGCAGUGUCCUGGUAGCCUGACCAUAUGGGAAUGCUGCUUGAUAGUUUGUUCCCCAGAACAUGCUAUAUCAUCAGAUGGAAUCGAUAAUAAGUGAUGUUACUCGGUCUGUUCUCUUCCAGAGAGCAUCAGUGCCAUGUUUGAUAUGCUUCUGAGGUGGAGGAGUUGGGUUGGGUUUAUGUUUGAGCUUGCUUGAAGAGCCUGAUAAGAUGGUAGUAGGUCUGAGGAGCAUGGCUAUAGUUAAUUUAGGAGGUGUGGGCGGGUGGUUACCAGUUCACUCAGUGGAGUGCCGCCACCCACACAGCAAUGUGUUGAGUGUGUGGGUUCCUGGGUUCAAUAAAGAAAGACUCCAUUUAGCUUAUUAUGUAUUUCAGUUUAUGGAUG